GAUUAAAGUAGUGUUGCUGCGAGGCCACGAGAGGUCAAAGACGGAGCGGCGGACUCUCCUGCAAUACAUACUCCGCCGCCGCCGCCGCCGCCGCUGCGAUGCUUCUCUUCCACAAGCAACUGUUCUCGCUCCGUCUCCCAGCUUCACCCGUGAUCUUCUCUCUCCGUCGGGCCCUCUUAUCCACCUCGGCGGCCACCGACGCCCCGCCGGCCCCAUUCGCCGUCGACAACUACCUCGUCACCACCUGCGGCCUCACACCGGAGCAAGCCCUCAAGGCCGCCAAGCACAUCUCCCACUGUAAGUCCACCUCCAACGCCGACUCCGUCCUCGCCUACCUCGGCGGCCCCACCUUCCGCUUCUCCAAGGCCGACAUCGCCCACGUCGUCGCCCGCGACCCGCGGAUCCUCAACUGCAGCGUCGACAACACCCUCAAGGCCCGCGUCGCCACCUUUCGCGGCUAUGGCCUCUCCGAGGACCACGUCCGGUCCUUCCUCCGCAUGGCCCCUGGCGUCUUCCGCUCCAUCAGCAUCCAGGAGAAGCUCGGGUUCUGGUUGCACUUCCUGGGUUCGCCGGAGAAGUUCAUCCGCAUCCUCAAGCGCAACUACUACCUCCUCACGUCGGACCUCGAGCGUGUAGUCAAGCCCAACAUCGCGGUGCUACUGGAGAGUGGGGUAAGUGCCGACGAUAUUGCCAAGAUGUGCGUGCCAAACUCGAGAUUGCUCACCAGCAGCCCCAAGACCGUGAUGUCCAUCCUGGAGCGUGCAGAUAAGCUCGGCGUGCCUCGCGGUUCGCUUAUGUUCAAGCAGGCAGUGACCACGACGACGGGCCUUGGGGCCGAGACGAUGGCAGCCAAGCUCAAGCUCUUCGAGGAGAUUCUUGGGUGGUCUGAGGCUGAGGUGACCAACGUGGUGAGGAUAAACCCAACGCUGCUGAGGAUCUCUGGGGAGAAGCUUCGCCGUGCUAAGGAGUUCCUGACCAAGGUGGUCGGUGUUGACACUAGGUACAUCCUUACCAGGCCCUCAAUCCUGAUGUACAGCCUGAAGUGCCGACUGGUUCCUCGGCAUUAUGUGAUGAAGGCGCUACAGGAGAAAGGAUUGAUUCAGAAAGAUCAGAGCUUCUACACGAUGAUCACGCCUAGUGAGAAGACGUUUCAGCGCAGGCAUAUAGAUGCUCAUAGGCAUGUUCUUCCAGGCCUUGCUGAAGCCUACGCAGCUGCUUGCCAAGGGAAACUGCCAACUGAUGUUGCGGUAUGAAGGAUCCUGCUGUAGGUUCACAUGUUUUGAAUCUUCACUAACCAUCUAAAUGGCAGCAAUGUUUCAUUCUUAUUACCACAUUCGGAUACUCCUGAUGUGUACUCUGCAACUCGCUCUGCUAGCACCUGAAUUCUGAAGAUACUCCGCAAUGUUUCAUCAUGGUUUAAGUGCAUCAUACAUCGGUUACUAGAGUUGUGAGAAAGAUUGUUGGCUCGUUGAUUUUAUUACUUGAACAUGAAAAACUCAAUGUUACAGGUUUAUAUAUUCACCUAAUCACCAUUGCAGUUUUGCAGUCACUGCAUGGGUGAGGGUGCGCUGUCCAUCAUACAUAAAUCUCAACCUUUUCCAUU